GGUCACCGUAGCGUAGACCCUAAUUCAAGAGUCUAUUCUAUCCUCGUUUGUACACACACUCUGCACCUCCAUUGAGUUGAGUUCAAAACUCUGUUCUUUCCUCCAUGAAUUCAAUUUCUUUAGGUUCCUUCAUCCUCACACCAUGCAAGUUCCGCCCUUUUCUUCAAACCAAACACCAACCCAUAUUCCGCACUCUCUCCCCAAUUCCCCUGACACAAAAACCCACUUUUCUUCGAGCCACAGACUCGAACAUCGACGCCCCCAUUUCCCUCCCCGAGGGCGCGUCCUUCGUUUCCAUCCCAGAAAUCAUCGAGAAGGACUGGUCCGUGCUUGAUUGCGCCGAACACCGAACCACUGACCGCAUUAUAGCUUCCGGAAACAUCGAACAGAGUUCGAGGGUUUUGGUCUCAACUGGGUCAGAAGACUUUGUUGAUUCCUUAGCGGGUUUAACUCCCUCUGUGUUUGUUGUUCAUGACUCGCUUCUGACACUGGCUUGCAUUAAAGAAAAAUAUGACAGGGUUAAGUGUUGGCAAGGGGAGAUUAUUUAUGUUCCGGAAAAGUGGGCUCCUUUUGAUGCUGUGUUUCUUUAUUUCCUUCCCGCGUUGCCCUUCAAGCUCCACCAAAUUUUGGAGUCUUUGGCUGGGAAAUGUGCACCGGGUGGAAGGGUGAUUAUCAGUCAUCCUAAAGGGAAAGAAGUAUUAGAACAGCAACGAAAACAGUACCCAGAUGUAGUAGUUUCUGACCUACCUAAUAAAACAUAUUUACAAAGUGUUGCAGCUGCCCAUUCUUUUGACGUGGCUGAAUUUGUGGAUGAACCUGGCCUUUAUUUAGCCGUUUUGAUCUGCUCGAGAGCUUAAAAACUAGAGUGUGUACAUUUGAAUACACAAUUUGAUUGAACUUUUUAUAUGGUGUUUUCCUUCUUGAUUAUUAGCUUGAAUUUUUGGUUGAAAAAUUAUAAAAUAAUAUAAUUUGAUUGAUAUGA